CGGCUUCCAUGCCGCUCUGCUCUAUAAUAUAUCCUCCGUUGUUAAUUAAAAGUAAAUGGAAGGCUAUACUGCAAAUUAGAGUUUCGUGCAACUACUCUGUACGUCUCGGUCCUCGGUACAUCCGCCAACACUGAUCAUGAUAUGGGAAAAUCUGGAAUGGUGUCCUCAGUUCGCUUCAGGAGAAAUAGAUAGCUACUCCAGUGCUUCCACUGGGUUUGUUUUGUAAAUUGAAAAAGUUUCCCUGCUGGACUUGGAUCAACGGAGGUCCGAAUUUCCGGAAUCAAACGGAUUCUGUCUUUCUACAUGGAUUCUACGGUCUCUCUCUCAACCAACAGUAACCACGCUUCGGCUUUCCGUAUUCCAGAGCGUCUAAAAAGUGACUAUGAACGUUAUUUGGAGCGGCGAGUGUUCGAAGUACUCAAAGACGUCCGACCGUGGGGAAUCAACGGGGAGACUCUGAAAUGGCUGCUGAUGAAUCGCUUGGUGCGCGAAGAAGACGAAAAAAAGUUUCCCCUUCCUUCAGCCGAUGAUGUGGAUAAAAUUAUGAAAAAAUACUGGAAUAUUGAGCAAGUCAAAAAACAGCAGCAACGCGACGAAAUCCGCGCUUUGGAAGUUUCCGUGAAGGACGAGAAGCCCACCAAAGGCUACACCACUCCUGCUAAUGGGAUUUUGGGCACGCGGAUCUUCGCCGACAUCGGGGCCGAUGUGACUGUUGUGCGCGAAGCUGCACGCAUUUUAGAGAGCCGAAAAAAAGAUAACAAAACCAGCAAACUGAGACAGGAGUACGACAAAUACAUGGCUGGUUUCGACACACUCAAUAUGGUUAAACCAGUGAUCAGCGUGGUGAAGGAGAAGGACGAGUGCAAAGCCGCGACGGAGCAGCUGUUAGCCUACGAAACUCCGGUGUCUCCCAAUCGCUGGGAAUGGCUGCCGGAUAAGGAUCGCCUGCGCAAAUCGGACAAAGUGGAACAGGUCGCCAAGAUCCUUUUCACGGACGACAAAGAAGGACAGCGCCGCCGCACGACAACGAACGCCAGCGCCUCGUCAGCCUCCAGCAACGCGUCGAAGCCGAGCAACGAGGCGGCCAUGUCCAUCAAAGUGGAACCCAACGGCGAGUCCACCGGAGCACUACCGAAGCCGCAAAAGGGACGAAAACGCAAAGAUCCCGAAGCGGCUGCGCCUUCCGCAGCACCCAAAGAAGCGGCUGUAGCUGCGACGCAGAACAACCGCCCCACGCGACGCCUGAAGAAGCCCGAGUAGGGGUGGUGAUGGAGGAACAUUCCUGAUGGGCCUUACUGCAGGCUGUACAUGGAUUUGCAGCAGUGUUCUUGGUUUACCAUUUUUUGUUGUAUUUAAUUUCCCAGGAUGCGCAAAGUGCGUAUGGAUGUUCACUUUUCGCUGUUUGAUCUGCAAUUUGUUUUCAGUUAGUACUUAGUAGUCACUUAGUACGAACUUCACGAUAUCGUUCUCGCUUUUGUUAUUACGGAAUCAGGGAUGGUGUGCAGAAACGUGCACUUUUUCGAUGAUUUGUUGUUGUUAUGAUGUUCGAUAUCAGAGAUACAUUUCUAGGAUAAAAAA